CCACAAAAAACUCUAAAACCCAUAUUUAUUCUCUCAACCUAUAAUUUAUUUACUUUCAACAUGGAUAUUCCCCAAGUGGACAUGUUGGCUGUGUCCAAAAACAGUCGCGUGCAGCGUAAUUUGAUCCUUGGCUAUGUGAUUCCUGGUCUAAAGAUUGUGGACUAUGGCGAUGUUAAUCGCAUUGAUCAGUACUAUUUAGAUUGCCAAAAGCAUCGUGACUACUAUCGCGAUCCGUAUGGCAAGAUACCCAAGCCGGAGCGAUUCCGUCAGUAUCAGGGCAAGUGCGGUGUCAAGUUGGAUAAAUCCUUUGGACCUUUGAUGUUGCCACCCCAGUGGCGUGAGGAGCGCAAACCCAUCAUGUAUCCGGUACCGUAUGGCAUCCAAAUGGAUAUGGACAAACACUACAGGACACUGUUGAAGGACACACACAGUGGCAGCACACACACGGCUUUUAAGCGCUAGUGAUGCACGGAGGAAAUAAUCUGGGACUCUUGGAUUACCCUGAUGAUAUUAGACAAUGGAAUUGAUAAACAUUUUAGGCGGGAGAAUUAAAUAAUUCUAGUCUAA